AUGCGGAACAUGAUUUUUGUGAAAGUUGUGAUAAGGAAUGUGUACUGCCUCGUCCCCAUUGAUAGGGAGGAGCCCGGCCGGGUGGUGACGCUGCUGGAGGACUGCGGGGCGUGCACGUGGGGUGUCGCCUAUGAGGUCCGCGGGGAGCAAAUCGCUGCAUCGCUCGAGUAUCUCAACAUGCGAGAAGCUGUCCUGGGAGGCUACGACACCAAGCUGGUGAAGUUCCACCCUCAGGAGAAGGAUACGGAGGAACCCUUCCUGGCUCUUGUUUACAUCGCAACACCCCAGAACCCUUCGUACCUCGGCCCAGCAUCUGAAGAAGACAUUGCAGCUCAAAUCAUCGUCUCAAGUGGUUGUGCUGGUCACAACAUUGAGUACUUGCUGAGGCUGGCAGACUUUAUGCGCUACUUCUGUCCUCAAGCAGAGGAUAAACAUCUCUUCUCCAUCGAAGAGGCUCUCAUUUCCAUCCUUCCAUGUCUGUACUACACAGAGGACUCUCUAGAAGAAACUGCAAGUGUCCCUCAGAAGUCUAAGGGUUGAAAUAGGAAUUUUUUUUGCAGGGUUUAAUGGAAGGGACAUAAGGGAGAAGAAAGCAGUGGGGACAAUCUUAGCUCUGAUAAAAUAUACUGGACUGAGUGAAUAAUGGGAGAAUUAGCAAUUGUUUGGGGAGGGAGGAAGUGGAGAAUGGAGUGGAGUGGAGGACUUGCAGUUUGUACCUGUUACACUCCUUAUCUGUAGCAUCACAACACCCAUCACUGCUUUCCACAUGGAGAGCUGGGAUCUUCACAGGAACUCUGCUCUGUAAGACUUGCUUCUGGGAGUCAAACCUGAAGCAGUCAUUUCCUGUAGAGAAAGAGGCUUAUCUAUUCUGUGCACUUUCUCUUUUUCUUUUUUUCUUUUAUUUUGUUUUAUUUGAAGACUAGUUGAGCAGGACUUGACUGGGUUUAAGCAGUAUAUAUGUAAUUCUACCUCAAAUUGGCAAAAAAGCUGUUUGUCUGGUAGUGGAGACUUUGGCAGAUUCUGCCAAAUAAAACCGUUUUUUUUUUUCCCCCUGCCUUGUCCCACCUCCAGUACAAUGACCUGACACUAAAUUUUAGAACGUUUGUGCAAUAUAAAGUGAACAGGCCUCUUUAUUCUCUUGUGGAUCCUUCUUCCUUAUGUUGUGAAGGAUCACAAUAAUGCACUUAUUUUCUAAAAUGUCAUACUGUAUUUAUUAUGUAAUAUAUUUCCUCUUAGGAGGGGUACCUAAACUAUUCACAUGCCACAGUGGUGUGCAGCCCACACUCAACCUUGCAUUUGUGCCUUCUAGUUUUAAAUCUGUUCUCUGAGGAGCUAAGCCUGCUUUAAUGACAAGCUUUUUUCCAAGCUUCACUGUCCUUGUGCUGCUCCAGACAUAAGUGACUCUGUAAGAAAUGGUCCUGCCUGUGUGGGAAGCCUGUGCUGCCUGCAGGAAAGCUGUCAGGAUGCAGGAGAGUUUUAACCAGCCCUGCACUGGAUAGACCUCUGGUGCUUCAGGAUGAUGUGGGUUUCUGUAGAAACAUUGGAGGGUUCUAGUUCCAUACAGGGGUGUCUGUCUGGCACAGUUCCAUUUGACUGCAGAGCACCAUGACUGAGCAUACUUGCAAGCCUGUGAGCUGCUGAGAAGCCUGCCUUGAUCAUGCUAGGCAGAGGCACUGCUGCAAGCUCAGACUUUCACAUAUUAACAGCAUGAAAACACAGUAUUUUGUGAGAAAACUGCUGCUACUGCAACUGCAGCAAAACAGCUCUUGAGAGCUGACCCCUGGGACUGCUGGCUCCUCCCAAAUACAAUGUGUUUUUUUAAUUAUUAAAAAGGCUAGGGACUGUUUGUAUUACUGUGGCUUGUGUGCAUAUGAAGUGCUACUGUGCUGUGCCCAGUAAUAAAACAAACUGACUUUGUCAGUCUCAUGUGCUUUGGUGUUGCUCUUUUUCAUUACAGACGUGGAGUUCAAACUGAGAAGUCUUGGGUUUGGUUUUUUUUUGCUUGCGGAUUUUUUGG